AUGGCUAGCAGGGGAAAGAUGAUGGGUAAAGCGACUUUCGAUACUCGCUCUGAAUCAGAGCAUAAUGCGAGUCCACGAGGCCAUGGGACUUCUAUCGAUAACACAGCUCACAAUGAACUUGUCACGAUUUCUCCCGCCAUUGGAUGGUCGCUAUUAGAACCGGGUCUGCAACACAUUCCUGAAAGCUGUCGAGACUACAUACGUUACUUUGACAAAGAGCUAUCUAAAGAAUGCGUCGUAUACAACGAUCCAUCCGCCAACCCGUUCCUUGCCCUCAUGCCCUUAAUACCGUGGAGCCAGGCUUUAUCUCAUCUGAUGGUCUCCAUUUCAGCCUUCCACUACAUCCAUCGACUCAUCAUCAAUCAGUCCCAGGUACCGUACAAGAACACGCCGUCUUCUGAACCAUGGUACUCAAGUCACACCUAUGACUGGCAGAAGAUCCACACAAUCUAUGGCACAGCGCUGCGUACAGCAAUAUCCACCAAACAGAAAGCUCUACAAUGUCUCAAACACGAGCUACAAGUUCAUGCGGAGAAAAACAGUGAUGCAGUAAUUGCCGCGGUUCUGUUAUUCGUUAACCUGGAUGUUGUUGAAUUCGGAGGGCGAGGCUGGAAACAUCAUCUACGAGGCGCACAAGAGCUUGUUAAAACCCGAAAAGCGCUGCUAAAAGACGAAACUUCAGAUUCAGCAAAAUGGUUACGGUACUUUGAUACAGCUUGUACAACGUUUGGGAUAAUGGGAGCCACACUUGCCCCGUCGCACUCUCUUGGCUCUCAAAUGUUCAUGCCUUUCGAUUUUUGUUUUCUGGAUACCCUCCGACGGUCUGAGCAUCAAACUUGGCUUGGCUGUCCGGCAGAUCUGCUGUCGUUCCUUCAUUUUAUUAACACCUUACGUACCAUACCAACAAAGUCAAGCCAGUCAGAUGAGAUUGUUAGGACGCUUCUUGAUGCCUUGAAUGACUUUUCGCCGUCGGCAUGGGCCCACGACUUUCCUGAUCCUCAGCAUUAUCAGUCACGAUAUCACCUUGCCCAUGCGUACAAAGCAGCAAUCGGUAUCUACGCUUCUCAUGUUAUCAAGCGAACUUGCUUGCAGUGUCGUGAGCGAAAGGUCCGUUGCUCAGGCACAUGUCCGUGUGCAAAUUGUACGCGUCGCUCAACAGACUGUGUAUUUGAGCAGGAUGAUCGCAAGGUUGUCGUAUCCGAGAACUUGCUCAAAGAGUUGAAGCGAAAAGCAGAGGAUUGGGACGAGGCACAAAGGCCAACUAAGAGGACCACAAACCCUUCUACAGGUUCAAAUGUAUCGGCCGCACCACCUGACCCUGGGCCCACCACCGACGAUGGCCUGCCUCAAAUGAUUAAUCCUCUAGUAGCGCCCCCAUCUAAAUUUGUUGUAGACUAUCAAGGCAGGAAACGCUUUCUAGGUCCUUCAUCAACAUGGGCAUACAGUCGUCAUGUCAUGGGCAUGAUCAGACAGUACGUGGACCAAGAAGCCUCACCUGAGGUUCCACUCAACCACGAUGGAGCAGCUUUCAACAUCGAGCUUCCCAGCAUGAAGCAAUCUGAUGAUGUCAUCAGCAUGGAGAGCCUCCCUUCAUUAGACUACGCCCUUUACCUCACCAACACCGUCAAGUUCCAUAUUGUCCAAACAUAUCAUCUAUUCGACGAGCAGAGCUUUAUGCAAAACCUUAUGUCUCUUUACAACGAUGGUUUACCACCUUUGAGUGCUGAGAAUAGAAUGUGGUAUGUUCAGUACUUUCUUGUUAUGGCAUUAGGCAAAGGACUACUCACCCGAGGCAUGUCUAAAGCUGGCUUACCAGGGGGUGACUACUUCAUGAGGGCCAUGGAGCUAUUCCCAAAUGCCAACGGGCUCUAUCAAGACCCGAUCUUGUCGAUAGAGGUAUGCUGCGGUCUCGCUCUGUACCUCCAGGCUGUAGAUCACCGUAACAGUGCCUAUUUAUAUCUCGGAAUGGCCUUGAGAAUAGCUUUAAGCCAAGGACUCCACCGGGAUAUUGUUAGCGGGGUACUAGACGACCCCGAGGUAACGCGAUAUCGCAAUGCCUGGUGGACGCUUUACAUUCUCGACCGCAAACUUUCGUCUUUGAUGGGCGCUCCAUGUUCCAUUCAUGACAGCGAUAUAUCUGUUCCAAUCCCCGGAGAUCAAACGCCGUCACGAAAGUCAAGCGCUCUUGAUAUGCACAACAAGUUGUCUAGACUCAAGGCCAAGAUUCUCGAUACUGUAUACGGAAUAGAUGGAAGACUCGAUGCCUCAUUUCCAAAGAAUACUUUAUCUAUAUUAACAGAGCUCGCUCCAUUGGCAGCUGAACUGAACUCGUCGGAUUUCAAACUCGAUAACCAAAGUCCAGUAUCACGGGUUUCAGCAACGCUGAACCUCUGCUACCACCAGUGUAUCGUUCUUGCUACAAGGCCUCUUCUUAUGUGUCUCCUUCGGGACAAACUAGAAAUGGGUAGAGCAGGCAACGACUCCACCUGUGAGAUUGUCGAACCAAUCAAAGCUUUGUUGAGAACCUGCUACGACUCGGCGCAUAAAUCUCUUCGUAUUCUGACCAAGCUGCAAUCCCAGGAUCUUCUAGAACUCUUUCUACCAUUUGACCUAGACCACGCAUUCUCGGCAGGUUUCGUCCUCGCUCUUAUAUCUGCCAUCCAACCUUUUCCGGAUGUAGUUGGAGACUCUUAUUUCGAGACCAUUACGCAUCUCCUCGGCGCUUUGAUAGCAGGUGGAAAUCUCCCUGCAUGCUUUCGACGCCAAGAACUUGAGCGGCUACACGACAUGUUGCUUUUGAUUGACCAACAUGGCGAUGUGCCGCAAUUAGAGGGCCAGGACAACAACAAUAUCCCCGUUUCGGAAGAACAGGGUAUUUCGCCGAAUCAGUUACUCAAUGUUGCAAGCAUGUUAGAUGGCCAUCAACAUCUGAACGUUGAUCUUGGUGAUGUUAGUAGCUGGUUAUGGGAAGCCACUGACUUUGAAGGAUUACCAUCACUUUAA